UGUGUGCGGUAGUGUGAUUUUUGAUGCUGUCAACCAUUUCGUCCGUGCGCAUUGUAUCGCUAUUUUCAGGAAACUUGAUAUUCCGGGAGAGUAAUAUUUAUUUUAAAUUUCUUCCGGAAGCCAGGAGAUUUUAAUUUUCAGGGCUGAAUUCCGGGAGAAUUCCGGAAGAGGUGGCAACCCUACUUACACCUCUUCAUGUUGAUCUGUUUUCCUAAUGGAGAAGGAGUGGUUUAGUUUGACAGUGCAAGUUACGACAGAUCUGUGGCUAUCAUUUAAUGAUUGCAAGAGUAUCUCACAGAUUUUGUUACCAUGAUUUGGCCAUUGCAGUUUUUCAGCAUAAAUCCUUACAAAAUGUCAAGGCACUUAUUGAGGCUCAGUAGUAACCCAACUUAUCACUGAAUUUCUCUCUUAUAAGUUUUGGUCUUUCUUUGUGCAUUUAAGAUGAUAUAAUUACAGACCACAUGUAAGAUACUAUUGUUUCCUUGAGUUUGCCUCUUAAAACUUAAGUAUCUUUUAUGCGAAAACAGUGCCCAGUUAAACUUUUAGCUGAUGUCUGCCUAAUUUUAAAGUAGGAAGUUCUUUUAUUUAUAUUAGCAUGAAACAUUUAAAUUUUUAAUUUUAUCACUUGACCAAUAGCCAAAUGGCUAAGGCUGCUGAAUAUAUUUAGUCUCACCCCAGUGAACAAAAAGACUGGCUGCUGGGAUGGUUUUGUGGUUUAUAUAAGAUGAAUACAAGUCAUUUCUUCCUGAAAAUUUCUCUGUGAAACCAUCCCUUCCCUUAGGCAAAUAUCCCUUGCAUGCUUUUCAGUGUUUGAAUCAAUUAGAUAAUGAGGAUUCUGAAGAAGUACCAUCCACACAUAUGCCUCAUUUGCUGUCUGAACCACUUGAUUUGAUUGAAGCUACCAUUGGAGAAUCUGUUACAUUCCCUUGUGAUGUUGAUGAUUUAGGAGAUUUUGUAGUGUUAUGGAAAAAGGGUAAAAGUUUGCUAUUUGCUGGAGAACUGCGAAUCGUACGAGAUGACCGAAUAAAGUUAAAUAAGACUUCGUUAGUAGUAACUUCUGUUCUGCCAAAAGAUAGUGGAGAAUAUGCCUGUCAAAUAAGUACCAGUCCACCAUUGGAACUUGCUCAUAAUUUGGAUGUUCUUUAUCCACCAUCUGUCAAACCCCGUCCACGAGAUGGAUUAGUGACAGUGAAAGAAGGUGAAACUGUCACUUUAUCCUGUGAAGCAACAGGAAACCCUCAACCAGUUAUAACUUGGAAACAUUCUGGCCGCAAUUAUGAUAGCUAUGAUGGAGACAGUUACCAUAUAAGUAGUGCCCAAAAAAGUGAUUCUGGAGAAUAUGAGUGUAUUGCUGAUAACAGGGUUGGAGAUCCUGCAUCAACAACAAUUAUAGUAGAAGUUGUGGCUGCUCCAAAAGUGUAUGCAGAACCAAAAAGUGGUCUAAUAGUUGUAAAAGAAGGUGAAGAAAUUUCAAUCUCAUGUGAAGCAUCUGGAGACCCAACUCCAACUAUUUCUUGGAAGAAACCUGGUUCAGAUAAACUUCAGCAAGUUCGAGAAAAGAACAGGAUUGUGAUAUCAGAGGCAAACAGAAGCCAUGCUGGUUCCUAUGAAUGCGUAGCCAGCAACUCCCUUGGAAUCUCCACUUCAGCUAUCAUCAGAGUUCAAGUUUUAUAUGCUCCUGAGAUUCAAGUACCCAAUUCUUGGGUUCAUGCCAAAGAAGGGACCAAUGUAAAUAUUUCUUGCAUAAUACGAGGAGAGCCAGUUCCUUCUAUGAUGUGGAAAAAGGCAGAUGGUCAAGUUAUCCAUAACAGUGAGCAUUAUCAUUUGAAAACAUUAGGUCAUCUUCACACGCUGCAGAUUCGCGAUUUGAAAGAAGAAGAUUUUGGUCGUUAUGAAUGUGCAGCUAGCAAUUCUUUGAGUAGUGCAUCUGAAAAUGUGCACAUCAUUGGCACACCUCAAGUUCCUAUUUUCACAAGUAAACCUCAUGGCUCUCAAGGGUCAAAAUAUACACUUUCUUGGACAGUAGAUUCUCUCACCCCAGUUGAUGAAUAUUCCGUGAUGUACCGAAAAAAAUCUGGUAAUGGUGAAUGGGAAACAAAAACCGUUCCAGCUACAGAGGAAAGUGAAAAUGAUACACAUACUCAGAUGUUUCAGUUGGUAGAUUUAAAACCUGGAACUUUAUAUGAAGCUGUUGUUACAGCUAGAAAUAAAUUUGGAUGGAGCAAACAAAGUGAAGCUCUUGUUUUCAGUACAAGAAAAGAUGUAGAGCUGUCUUCAACUGCAACAAGUGAAGAAGUGACAAUGCCACCUGCUGUAACUGAAAAUGAUAUGCCAGUCACAAAUGACAAACAUUCGGAUUCUAUUACAAGCAGUUCUUCCACCUCCACCACCAGCCUUAUGUCUAUGUUUCCAUUUGUGAUUAUUCUUUACAUUCAGAAACACCUCUAGCUUUCCAUAAAAAAAAAAAAAAAAAAAAAAAAAAUUCGGCACAGUUUUAUGGUCUGGACAUUUACAACUUGAGAAUCUAAGCAAAUAAGUGUCUUGAAGGAAUGUGAUACAGAUCACCUGUCAUUCCUCAUGAAAAAA